UGCCAUAUGCCGGCUUGGCGCCGCUCAGCUCCUUCUCAGCCUCGCCAACGCUGGCAAAACCCCAGAGAGUGUUAUUAGGGGAUGUGGGGAGUUCGGAACUUCGAGCCCCCCUUUUUUUUUUUUUUCCCCUAACUUCGGGUUGGGGAAGCGAGGGGAAGACCGGCAUGAUUUACUUUUUUGUUUGCGGAUAGGGCAAAGUUCGUGUCUUCCAUCUUUCACUACUCCUGGGGAACACAUGAUAUUUAUAAACUACGAUAUACUAACUCGAAGCAGGUGUUGCUGACGAACUUCACAGGUCUCGUUCUUGCCAGCAUCCUGAAUUUUAAUGUCACUGAAGUUUGACACCCCUAGUUCUAACAUCCUGGUGUGAAAAAUCCUAGUUGAAGAUAAGGGCAAGUGUCCAGAGGAUGGUUGGGAUGAAAGUACACUUGAACUCUUUUUACAUGAACUUGCAAUCAUGGAUAGCAACAAUUUCCUGGGCAAUUGUGGUGUGGGAGAAAGGGAAGGGAGAGUGGCAUCUGCAUUAGUUGCUCGGCGACAUUACAGGUUCAUUCAUGGAAUUGGACGAUCGGGUGAUAUUUCUGCUGUGCAACCCAAAGCUGCAGGUUCUAGCCUUUUGAACAAAAUUACCAAUUCUUUGGUCCUGGACAUCAUAAAGUUGGCUGGUGUCCAUACAGUGACCAGCUGCUUUGUAGUUCCGAUGGCAACUGGUAUGAGUCUAACCCUGUGUUUCUUAACAUUACGACACAAAAGACCAAAAGCAAAGUACAUUAUAUGGCCACGAAUAGACCAGAAGUCCUGCUUUAAAUCCAUGAUCACUGCAGGUUUUGAGCCUGUGGUGAUAGAGAACGUUUUAGAAGGUGACGAGCUACGCACAGACCUGAAAGCAGUGGAGGCUAAAGUCCAGGAACUUGGCCCUGAUUACGUUCUUUGUGUUCAUUCUACUACAUCCUGUUUUGCUCCAAGGGUGCCUGAUAGAUUAGAAGAACUGGCUGUGAUUUGUGCUAAUUAUGGCAUUCCACAUAUAGUUAACAAUGCUUAUGGAGUGCAGUCUUCAAAGUGCAUGCACCUCAUUCAGCAGGGGGCUCGGGUUGGUAGAAUAGACGCUUUCGUUCAGAGCUUGGACAAAAAUUUUAUGGUUCCAGUAGGUGGCGCUAUAAUUGCUGGCUUUAAUGAUUCCUUCAUUCAGGAAAUAAGCAAGAUGUAUCCAGGAAGAGCUUCAGCUUCACCUUCUUUAGAUGUCCUUAUUACUUUAUUAUCCCUUGGAUCGAAUGGCUACAAGAAGCUAUUAAAAGAAAGAAAGGAAAUGUUUUCAUAUUUGUCCAACCAACUAAAGAAGCUGUCAGAAGCCUACAAUGAAAGAGUGUUGCAUACACCUCACAAUCCCAUAUCUUUAGCUAUGACACUUAAAACACUAGAUAAACACUGUGACAAAGCUGUCACUCAGCUUGGCUCCAUGCUUUUUACCAGACAGGUUUCUGGAGCCAGGGUUGUGCCUCUUGGGUCUGUGCAGACUGUGAGUGGCUACACUUUCAGAGGCUUUAUGUCACAUACAAAUAAUUACCCUUGUGCUUACCUCAAUGCUGCAUCAGCCAUCGGUAUGAAGACACAGGAUGUGGACUUGUUCAUAAAUAGACUUGACAAGUGUUUAAAGACAGUAAGAAAAGAACAAAAUAAAGAGAGUGAUGUAUCUGGAGUUGACAAUUAUGAUAAAACUGAAGAUGUGGUUAUAGAAGAAAUGGCUUUAAAACUAGAUAAUGUACUUCUUGGCACAUGCCAGGAUUCUUCCUGAUGACAUGUGAAGGGUUUCUUUGUGAUAAUUUUUAAAAAGUGAUGAGGCUACAGUAUAAGCUAGCAGUUUAAAGACAAGACUUGAGAUUUUUGAAUUGAGAAUUUCAUGGAGAAUAUUUGGUCGAGGAAUAGAACAUGGUCUGAGCUAGCCAUUGACGAUUGUUGCAUUUGUUGUUCUUAGACUGCCUCAAUCAUUAUCCUUAACAGGUUAUAAUGUACAAUUAACGUUUUUCUAAUGGCUAAAUAUUUGCCAAAUAAACAUU